AUGAAGGGCUCGUGGGCCGGCGCGAUGGGCCAGUGCCAGUUCAUUCCGACGAGCUUCAUCGCCUAUGCGGCCGAUGGCGACGGCGAUGGGCGGAAGGACAUCUGGACCAACAAGGUCGACGUCUUCGCCUCGAUCGUGAACUAUCUGCGGAAGGUGGGCUGGCGACCGGGCAUGCGGUGGGGAGACGAAGUCUCCACCGGCACGCCGGCGACGGCGGGGACGCGUAUCGUGCGGCCGUCGGGAGCGGGCGGCCCGGCCUACCGCACCACCGAGAACUUCAAGGUGAUCCUGCGCUGGAACCAGUCGGAUUUCUUCGCCCUCGCGGUGGGGCUCCUGUCGGACAAGAUCGCCGCCUGA